AUGCAGAGCUUAGCAGCAAUUUGUGUGGCGAUGAAAGUGUACAGAGGGGAAUGUUCUUAUUCGGAUAAAGUCACUCGCUUUUGGCCAGAAUUUGGAAAGAAUGGCAAGGAGGAAAUAACUAUUGAUAUGAUCCUUACUCAUCAAGCUGGGUUGCCAUACUUUGACGAAGAUAUCACACUUGACGAUGCUAAAGACAAAGCGAAAAUUUCAAAAAUAAUAGAAGAAGAGUCUCCAAAACAUCCCCCAGGAUCCCAAAUUGCCUAUCAUCCAAUAACGUUUGGAUGGCUGAUUGACCAGGUAUUUUGCCGGAUAGAUGCAAAACAUCGAAGUGUUGGAGAGUUUUUUCGAGAAGAAAUUCGAGACAAGCUUGGUACGAAUUGUUAUCAGAAAACCCUUAUUCUAAAGCAACUCUGUCUGCCCAUUUAA